AUGGAUUUACCAACAGUUUACCGCUUUCCAGGUGACGACGAGAGUUAUAUGAUUGGAAGUGAGGUUGGUAGCCGACUUGAUCUUUUCAAAGGUGCCCUAUACAAAAAAUUCCCCAAUUUGUGGCGUAGAAUUGUUACCAAGGAUGAAAAGAAAAUUUUAUCUGAACUUGGAGUGAGUAAUAGAGUCCUUGCAAAUUGGGAGCUUAUGUGCAUUAGAGCAUCAGACGGUGAAGCAAUCUUGCGAGGGGAUGGUCAGCAAUUCAAAGGUCCUGGUGGAACGAAAUCGCGUGGUUUUGUUGUGCCUAUCAAAAAAACUUGUUUGCAGAACCAAAUCCAUGGGACUGCGAAUCCGGUAAAAGCUUUAAGAGGCGAAGGUACAGAAGUACAUCUUGCUCCACUUAUAAACUCUUGUGUUUCAACACAACAUCAAAUAAAGCCUAAAAAGCUAAAGAGAAGAGCAGAACUCAGAGAUCUGAUAAUGCCAAAAUGGUAUGAUAUGGUAUCUUUUAUUUUAGGCCUUAUUACUUAUUCCUGCUAA